CCUAGGACAUGUUCAGAGAUCUGGAAGGACAACCCAGCUGCUCACAGUGGAGAGUAUACCAUCAUGCCUCAAGCUCCUCAGUUCAGGGGAAUAUCAGUAAAUGUUUACUGCCUGAUGAAUGAUACACACCAGCUGGAGUAUGUCACACUGCCAAAUGAAAACAUUGGAAACUUUCCUAAAAUAUCGAACGAUAACUGUGGAAGUGAAGAGCCAUAUUUAAAGGAUGGUGGUGUUGGCCAAGAUGGAGUAACAGUGUAUCAGAAGAUCAGAAUUAUACCGUCAACAAUGACUGUUGUGAGAACAGACUCCACAUUCACAAGCGGAACCAAGACGAAACCCCAUCAGUUUGGUAAAGCAGAAGAUUGUUACUCAUAUGAUGGAAACUGCAAACGAAUAGGAACCUUUCACAUCGACACGCUGGGCACUGGGAUGAAGUUCGCCUCUGAUCUCAAGUGGACAGGAGAAGGAUACGCGGCCAAAGUGCACAGUAUUACCCGGACACAAGAUGGCGCCAUCAUUGAUCUGGUGUGUGGAGGCUGGUGUGGGGGAUGUGUUCCUGUUGGAGACAUGGUCCUGUACCCAAACAGUCUGGACCCGGUGUGGGGAUGA